AACAGGAUUUCCCAUCUCCAAAUAUUUUCCAGAUGGAGGAGCAGGCUGCGAGGAAGAGUAAGGAGCCCUGGGACACUGAGGCAGAGCAGGAGCUGAGGAUGGAGACCAGGAAGGACAAAUCCCUGCAGCAGAACCUAAUGGAAGAGGCUGUUUUGAGUGGUUCCACAGCGCAGCAAUCCAACAGGGAGGAAAAUCCCUGGAGAUCCCACAGGAGGAAGGUCUGCAAACCCAGCCCAGGGUGCUCUGAGGAGGAAAGACCCACUCUGGGCCAGAAAGGUGGGCAGAGCUUCAGCCAGAGCUCAGAGCUGGUGGUCCCUGACAGGCUUCAGGAUGGGGAAAAGCCCUCCAAGUGCUUGGAGUGUGGGAAGAGCUUCAGGCAGAGCAACAAUAUGAAACGACACCUGAUGAUCCACACUGGGGAAUUGCCCGACAAGUGUGGGGAGUGUGGGAAGGGAUUCAGCUGGAGCUGCCACCUUGUCAGCCGCCAACGCAUCCACACUGGGGAGAGGCCCUAUGAGUGUCCCGAGUGUCAGAAGAGGUUUAAGACCAGCUCCAAUCUCUUCAAACACCAGAGGAUUCACACCGGGGAUAGGCCCUUCCACUGCCCAGACUGCAAGAAGGGCUUCAAGCAAAACUCUGACCUCAUCACACACCAGCGCAUCCACUCCGGGGAGAGGCCCUACAUGUGCCCCACUUGUGGGAAGAGGUUUCAGAGCAGCUCAAAUCUCCUCCUGCAUGAGUGGAUUCACACUGAGGAGAGGCGCUUACUCUGCCCCGACUGUGGCAAGGGCUUCAAGCACAAGUGCAACCUUGUCAGGCACCAGCGCAUCCACACUGGGGAGAGGCCCUAUAAGUGUCCCCAGUGUGGGAAGAGCUUCACCCGGAGCUCUCACUUGACCAAACACCAACAGAACCACUGGUAAGGGAAGCCCUGAAAAUUCCCCAGCUGCAGGAAGAGCUUUGUGCACUGCUCCAGUUUCAUCCCCCAUUGGAGGACCCAUGUUUGGAAGAGCCCUGGUGAUCCAUGUUCCCUGUGAUCCAUGCUGGGAAGACACCUGUCCCUUUUCCUGCCCCUGCCAAUGACCUGAUAUGGGAUUGAAGGACAUGAGGGUCUGGCCAUGGCCCUGUCACUACAUUCACUCCCACCUCAGGUCAUUGCCAGGGGCAGGAAAGGGACUCUGUCUCUCCCUGAGGAGAAGGGUG